GUCGGAUACGAAUCCAACUGGCGGCCAUUCGAUUGUGUGCGUCUCUGGGCGAGGGCGCGCAGCUUGCUGUGCGCUCUCGCUGACAAUUGCACUGGCAGUGGUGUGCAGGCGCGUUGUACCCAAUCGAUGGUAGUGGGUUGUCGUUGCGGUCACAGCCAAAGACAUCGAGUAGAUGUCAUUUGCCUGUGGCUGCCAAACCUACAGCGUCGGGCUCAUCAAUGUACGAUAGCUGGGUCGCGGGUGCCGAUGACAAGCCGGCUGGUAUUCGCUUUCGAUCCACGGCUUCGAGGUUCCCCGCGUCAUGCCGGCUACGGACGAAGAUGGGUGGACUUCGUCCACUGCGUGUGCGUGCUCGGUGUCAAUGAGGCGCCCACCGUCUUGUCUCUGAGGCGAUGGCUCGCUGAGAUGCCAUGGUGCGUACUCGCCACGAAGCUGUGUGGUCGAUGCCACUUAACCAUGAUGGAUAUGUGGCGGAGGCUACGCACCUUCACGGGGGUCGGCUGCCGCUGGUAUAGGCGUUGCGGGAGUGUACUAGUUGUUUGUCGCCUUUGACGCUCAGCGAACCAUUACAACCCGCCUCGUCUACCUUGCUGUCAGCCGAAAGACGGCAAAUGUUUGGAACCCAUCGCAGCCCUGACGGGGCUUGCGAAUGCUGACUUACCCCGUCGUCAGACAG